ACGGCGCCUUUAUACUUAAGCGAAACACUUAAUUGUUGUCUCUAUUCUCCAUUUCCGUAUUCGUAUUUUCUCACGACUUGCAUUUCCUCCCAAGCCAAAUGCUUAGAGCCUUUUCUCUUGCUUUGUUCGUUGAAAAGAGAGUACUUAUGUACUGCCGAUUCUAAUUCAGCAAUCGAUUUCAUUCCUUUCUAUUGUCUUAGCAGCAAUUUGUACAGCAUCCUCAUUGAAAUUGACGUUCCUAUCUUGGACGGAUCUCUUACUUGAAUGUUUCUUGCUUCAGCAGUAGGGCUCCUGUGUGCAACCAAACUGUUGGCUAUUUUCUAAUCUAUUUCGAAAAGGCUGCAUCUUGAUUUAACAUGCAGCUUGCAAUUUGACUGAUAUUUUACAGUCUUCUUGUCAUCGCCCGGCCUGGAAAGUACCUCUCUUCAACAUUUGAAAUGAUGGCACCAGGCCGGUCUCCUAGAAGCAGUAAACUGUCAACAAUAAGAUAUAGAUACUCUCCUCUGGAAGGGCCUUCCUUUGAGGUAGUUGAUUUUGAUCAUGUAAAUGAUGUGGCGGUACCUUCUAGAGGCGUGAAGCACGAUAAUGUAAAUUCUGAACCAAAGCCAAAGUCUCAUGAGAUAAUAAGCACAUCAGAACUCAUGUCAACGGUUUGUCAGUUAUGGAAUCAAGCAAGCCGUCCUUUUGCUUUUUUUCAUCCUAAGAAAAAUUCAAGUUAUUAUAACAUUGAUCUCUAUGAAACCAAUGCAUAUUGUUAUUCAGUUGGAGACGGAAAUGACUGUUCUACCUCAGGAGGUACUUGUAUGCUAGAUGGUCAUCAUCUGAAUUUUGCAAAACUACCAAGAAAGAUAAAAUAUGGUCGAAGCUAUGUACACUCUCUUUUCUGGAGUCAUAUGCAGGGAAACCCCAUCAUGUUUGGUGAGCUUUGGAAGGACAAUCUCCCUGAAGUUGUUGCUGUUUUAUAUGAUUGGAGAAAAUUGCUUAAAUUGUCAAGUGAAGCCUCACUGAGACGAUUUGAACAUCAAGAGGAUUGUGCGGGUAAUGAUUUCACGCCAGCAAAGGAGAUUUUUGGAAUUGGUGAUCAUCAUAAUGAAGUGUAUGAGAAAAUGGAGUCAUCAUUGGUUCAAAGGGAUAUAUCUAUUACUAGGACAUCCAACGCCACUUCUCUGAGCUCAGAUUAUUUACUUAAACCUGACCAAGUUGCCAAAACAGACAAUGAUCUCUCCAGUAAUUCAGCUUCUAUACUUCAAACUGAUUACUACAUUGAGAAUGCCCUGGGCUCUCAUGUUUGUAGAGAACAUGAAAAUUUAGAAAAGGGUGAUAAAAAAACUGAAAUUAGAAUCUCUAAUGAACCUACAAUUGAGAGUUCCAACCCCUCAUAUGGAAAACAGCUUUGUAGUGUUGCAAAUCAACAACAUGCUUUUGCUGGAGCAUUAGCUGGUGUAUUUGUUAGUCUUUUUCUUCAUCCAAUGGAUACGGUUAAGACUGUCAUUCAGUCGUGUCGUGCUGAUGGGAAGUCUACUUGCUAUAUUUGCAGAUCAAUUAUAAUGGAAAGAGGUGUAAGAGGACUUUAUCGUGGAAUUGGUAGCAAUAUCACUUCUUCAGCACCAAUUUCUGCUGUUUACACUUUCACUUACGAAUCUGUGAAGGCAGCUUUGUUUCCUCUUCUUCCUAAUGAAUAUCAAUCAUUAGCCCAUUGCAGUGCUGGUGGUUGUGCUAGUAUUGCAACAUCUUUCAUCUUCACUCCUAGUGAACGCAUCAAGCAACAAAUGCAAAUCGGUUCACAUUAUCAAACCUGCUGGAGUGCAUUUAUGGGGAUCAUUAAGAACGGUGGAGUGUCAUCACUUUUUGCUGGAUGGGGAGCCGUCCUCUGCAGAAAUGUCCCACAUUCUGUCAUCAAAUUCUACACAUAUGAAAGCUUCAAGGCGGCGUUGCUCUCGACAGAGAACUCCAAUGCUCAGCCUAGUACCCUACAAACGCUUAUCUGUGGAGGAUUAGCUGGAUCUACAGCCGCACUAUUCACAACUCCUUUCGAUGUUGUGAAGACAAGAUUGCAAACACAGAUACCAGGAAGAGCAAUUCAGUAUACUGGUGUGCUUGAUACUCUAAUGAAAAUAGGAAAACAUGAAGGCUUGAAGGGUCUGUAUAGGGGUUUAUUUCCAAGAUUGGUUAUGUAUAUUUCACAAGGGUCCAUUUUCUUUGCAUCAUAUGAAUCUUUCAAGAAGAUACUUUCUUCGGAGUUUCCAGAGUUCAGGGCCAAGAUUCCAGUAUAUGCAGAACAUGGAAGAUGAAGCGCCAUAAGUAGCUCCAUUAAGGUUUGGUAUUUUGUAGGA